AUGGUCUCUCCGCCAAAACCCUGGGAGCGUAACGGCGCGCUGGCCGCCGCCUCUUCCUCGCUGCCUACUCCAUCUUCGGCUGCACCGGCGCCGGCACCGGCAACUGCCGCCCCGGCUGCCACAUCCAACCCCACAACUGCGACGGCUUCAUCGUCGUCUGCGCCCGCUGUUCCUACAAGACCAGCCGCGUUCGGCGCAACACAACCAACAAAUGCACUUGCUACAACUGCCUACUCGCCCUACAACUCGUUCGGCACUGGAUAUUCCCCAUAUCAAUCAUCAAUGUACGGCGGUGGAAUGGGAUAUGGUGGCUACGGUGGCUAUGGUGGCAUGGGGGGUGGGAUGUACGGUGGAGGAAUGGGAUAUGGUGGAUAUGGAGGGAUGGGGAUGGGCGGGAUGUACGGCCGACCGGGGAUGAUGGACCCGAACAAUCCCUCGCUCACCCAGACGCUCGAGACCACAACCCAAACGACAUUCGCAUUACUGCAUUCGGUCGUCCAAACAUUCGCAGGCAUGGCGCAGAUGCUCGAAUCAACAUUCAUGGCCACGCACUCUUCAUUCUUCGCUCUCGCUGGAGUAGUCGAUCAGUUCGCACAACUACGCAACGCACUGGGCGGAGUGUUGGGCUUGUUCGGGCUCGUGAGGUGGCUGAAGGAUCUGUUGACGGGCCGCAACGGCGCGGGCGCGAUGCGCGGCGAGUUCAGGGACUUUGUCAACGGACGACCAGUCCAGGGUCCCCCGCCCAACCCGGCACAGCCCAAAGCGAGCCGUAAACCUAUCAUCAUAUUCUUCCUCGCCAUCUUUGGUAUUCCCUACGCAAUGCACAAGCUCGUCCGGCUUCUCGCCGAACGCCAACCCGCUCCCCUUCCCCCGCUCGACCCGUCCCAGCUCACAUUCGCCAGGGCGAAGUAUCCGUUCACGAGCUCCUCGGCGCACGAGUUGCAGCUGGCGGAGAACGAGAUUGUCGCGAUCAUGGGCAAGCUGAAUCCCAUAACGGGCCAGGAGGUCGAUCCGAGGCACGAAAUUGAGACGGAGUGGUGGAAGGGCAGGACGAGGGAGGGGAGGGAGGGUUGGUUCCCGAGGAGCUUUGUUGAGGUGCUGGAGAGGAAGACGAAGGCCGUCGAUCAGCCUGCUCAGCACCAAGUGCAGCUACCUGUUGAACCGAAGAAGAUCGAUUAA